AGGGCCCAACCCUUUGCGGAGAUGGAUAUGCCAAGAAGAGAAAUUUACAGCAGGCUGCCUGCUUUGCUCCAUUCCAGAUCAAUUUACACAGAACACCCAGAGGGCAGGUUUACACCUUCUCUCCAUUCCUCUCAAACAGUGAUGGCAAUGAGUGGAGUAGUAGAGACAACAUAGAUAUGCAACCACGUGAUAAAUGACCAAAGGACAGAGACAGGAGCGACCUCAGUUGUAUGAUGGAGCCAAGAGAAGUCGCUGAUUUUUAGUUGUUUUUAUCUGGUUGUAAGGAUGGGGUGACAACUUCCAAGCUUUUACACGUCAGCACUGAAACUAGAAAUCCUAUUUGUUAUUAAUCUUUAAGCAGACAUAUUGCUACAGAAGACGGACUUCAAAUUAGAAUAACACAAAGUUAUACCACUAAUCACCUUAUACAAAUAUUUUAGUGUUGACAAGAUUUCUCUGAAUGUAUCAUUUCUAAAAUCAGUAUAUCUAAUUUCUCUGAUCCAUUAUCAUUCUUAAACUUCCCAUUUAAAAUGGACUUUAGUGUCUAAUCUGCCUAUGAAAUGAACCAGAUCAACAUCCUGCCAUCAUGUAACGUGCUCUCCUUGGUACCUGGACCACAUAGCAGAUUUAGACCUAUAGAAGUAGCCCUCCUGCCCUGUUCCUAAGAAGCUCAAUGCCGAUUGGAUCUUAUCGCGUCCAAUGGGAGGCCACGUUCUGCGUGGGUCAGUUUUGGUCGAGCGGAGGGCGCGCAGCUCCACCGUUACCAGGACGCCGCGUAAACACCCGAGCGCGCGCAGCCAGGUGCGCUCCUUUGGGCUGCUGGCUGCUGCGUUUGCGGCUGGAGGUGGUGGCCGCGGUCCCACGAGAGUGGGUAUUUUUCGUCAGCCAAGAUGGCUUCCAAAAGGAGACAUUUGGGCUGUAGUGAAAGGCAUCAGAAAUUAGUAGAUGAAAACUACUGCAAAAAAUUACAUGUCCAAGCUCUAAAAAACAUCAACAGUCAAAUCAGGAAUCAGAUGGUGCAGAAUGAAAAUGAUAACCGUGUUGAGCGCAAGCAAUUUCUCAGAUUAUUACAAAAUGAACAAUUUGAGUUGGAUAUGGAAGAGGCCAUUCAAAAGGCAGAAGAAAACAAAAGAUUGAAAGAACUCCAGCUCAAACAAGAAGAAAAGCUGGCUAUGGAAUUGGCAAAACUAAAACAUGAAAGUCUAAAGGACGAAAAGAUGAGGCAACAAGUAAGAGAAAACAGCAUUGAGCUUAGAGAAUUGGAGAAGAAAUUAAAAGCAGCUUACCUGAAUAAAGAAAGGGCAGCUCAGAUUGCUGAAAAGGAUGCCAUUAAAUAUGAACAAAUGAAGCGUGAUGCUGAAAUAGCCAAAACCAUGAUGGAAGAACACAAGAGAAUAAUAAAGGAAGAGAAUGCUGCAGAAGACAAACGAAACAAAGUGAAAGCACAAUACUAUCUUGACUUAGAGAAACAACUUGAAGAACAAGAAAAAAAAAAGCAGGAAGCUUAUGAGCAGUUGCUAAAAGAGAAACUCAUGAUUGAUGAAAUUGUUAGGAAGAUCUAUGAAGAAGAUCAGUUGGAAAAACAACAAAAGUUAGAAAAAAUGAAUGCAAUGCGAAGGUAUAUAGAAGAGUUUCAGAAAGAGCAGGCUGUCUGGAGAAAAAAGAAACGUGAGGAGAUGGAAGAAGAAAACAGAAAAAUCAUAGAGUUUGCUAACAUGCAGCAGCAAAGAGAAGAAGAUCGGAUGGCAAAAGUUCAAGAAAAUGAGGAGAAAAGGCUACAGCUUCAGAAUGCGUUGACACAGAAAUUAGAAGAAAUGCUGCGGCAACGUGAAGAUUUGGAACAAGUGCGACAAGAAUUAUACCAGGAAGAACAAGCUGAAAUAUAUAAGACCAAGCUAAAAGAAGAAGCAGAAAAGAAAUUGAGAAAGCAAAAAGAGAUGAAGCAAGAUUUUGAGGAACAAAUGGCCUUGAAGGAAUUAGUGCUACAGGCUGCAAAAGAGGAAGAGGAGAACUUUAGAAAAACUAUGCUAGCUAAAUUUGCUGAGGAUGAUCGAAUAGAAUUAAUGAAUGCUCAGAAACAAAGAAUGAAGCAGCUGGAACACAGGAGGGCUGUGGAAAAACUUAUUGAAGAGCGUCGCCAGCAAUUCCUUGCAGACAAACAACGUGAACUAGAAGAGUGGCAGUUGCAGCAAAGGCAGCAAGGAUUUAUUAAUGCAAUUAUUGAAGAAGAAAGGCUAAAACUUCUCAAAGAGCAUGCUACAAACUUACUAGGCUAUCUCCCUAAAGGAGUAUUUAAAAAAGAGGAUGAUAUUGAUCUGCUUGGUGAAGAGUUCAGGAAAGUGUAUCAGCAAAGGAGUGACAUUUGUGAAGAGAAAUGAUUGAUAUCAUCAAAAUUGGCUUCUUGUUUUCUGAUUUUAACACUUCAAUUUUUUUGUGUUCUUCAUUUGCUAUGUCCUACAAAAGGAAAAAAAAGUGCCAUGUAUUCUUUUUUAAUAUACAGCCUCUCAAUGGAAAGAAUUAUAGACUAUCCUCACAACAGUAAUAAAAAGUACUUUUUUAAACUGAAA